AUGGACACCAGCCAGGUGCAACCUAUCAAGCUGGCCAGGGUCAUUGAGGUCCUGGGCAGGACUGGCUCUCAGGGACAGUGCACACAGGUGCACCUGGAAUUUAUGGACGACAAGAGCCGCUCCGUCACCCGCGAUGUAAAAGGCCCCAUGCGCAAGGGCGACACACUCACCCUGUUGGAGUCACAGUGA